UGCUUCUGCGUUGAAUGGCGCGUUCACGGGGUGUUUUCGUGCCCUUUCAUCUCGCUCGUAAGGACCGUGAGAUAUUCUUAUCCCUCGCCUGUUGUCGGAUUUGACAGCAGCUCCAUUCACGGAGAAAUUGGCCGUAAUUAGCGCAAUUAUGCUGAUUCUCACUUGUGCUGGAAACGGAACGGAGCUCGGAGGGAUCAACCAAAACAAAGAUCAAUCACGGCGCGAAUGGGAACGGAGCGUGACGAUGGCCACAUAAUGAUGCCAUCAAAGUACGGCUGCAUGGUGACGAGCGGAUGCGACUGUGAGAGGAAUAAUUAUAAGCGGCCGGUGGCACAUCAAUCUAUAAGUCACAGAUGAAGUCGUGAUUUAUGGACUGAAGGGAGCUAAACCAAGUAAACGGUUACGUUUAUAGUUGAUAGCAAGUCUCACCGAUAACGACCAACAUUUAACCAAUAAAUUAACAUUUGGACGGUAUUGUGUGUUCAUAGAGUUCGAACCCAAGACCUGUUCUAGCAUGUGAGCAAUCAGUGAAAAGUGAUAAAGAAACAAUUCCUGAAGAAAAAGUUAUUGUUUUUAGUUUAUAAGUUACUUUUAUUAGUUGUCAGAUGGGUAAAUGUGACAUUUCCGCCGGAAAAUACAAGACUCGAUGUUUUAUUAGUUACUGUGGCUGUCCUCUAUAUUUUUUUGAUUCAACUGCAGGAAAUUAGUAUCAAGCUUAUGUUCGGUUCUGUGGGAAUCUGUGAUAAACGUGACAAACGUAGCUUUGCAUCGGAUCUUUGUUGAUGAAACGCGGUGUGUCUUUAAGACCCGGCGGCGCCCGGGUAACCCCACACGGCUCUGUUGUCCGUGCUCUCCCGAAAUUGUCUGUAGUUAUUUGAGGGAGGCGCUAGAGCCAUAUCUCCACUUUACAAAAAAGCAGAAGUAACGGCACCGUCUUGAUCGGACAAAUCGAGCCAAAGCGGUGCAAACAGACUCCCCGCUCUCUCUCUCCCCCCGCGGCGUAGGAGCGAGUGCGGCCGAUGCGGAGCAGACUGAAGCGUCUGGAAGCUCGUGCCCAGUUUAAAUCCUCCGCUGUUUGAGUAUAUGUGGAGCCCAAGCGACACUUCUAUGAGAUUCCCCGCUGAACGAGACGAAGUUUGCUUGUUUUCCUAAACCGGGGGUGCUAGGGAGAGUCGAGAGGGCGAAAGAUGGUUUUGAACAACCUCCAGUACGUCCUGGCUUGCCUGUGCUUGGCUUCUUUUUUCUCGUCUUGUCUGUGCAAAGCUCGGAUUUACACCAACCACUGGGCUGUUCGUAUACCCGGCGGACCCGAGCAGGCUGAGCAUAUCGCCAAUAAAUAUGGCUAUAGAAACCUGGGUCAGAUUGGUGACCUGAAGGAUUACUACCAUUUCUUCCACAGCCGGACGAUAAAAAGGUCGACGAUUUCCAGCAGAGGCACACACAGCUUCAUCACCAUGGAGCCAAAGGUGGAGUGGCUUGAACAACAGGUUGUGAAGAAGCGAAUAAAGCGAGAUUACAAACCUUCAUAUCCCAGUCAGUCCAGUCUGGCCCAGUCUAGCUCCAUUUACUUCAAUGAUGCCAAAUGGAGCAGUAUGUGGUACAUACACUGUAAUGAUAAUAUCCAUAACUGCCAGUCUGACAUGAAUAUCGUGGGUGCCUGGAAGAGAGGAUAUACAGGGAAGGAUGUGGUGGUUACCAUACUGGAUGAUGGGAUUGAGAGGAACCACCCGGAUCUUAUACAGAACUAUGAUAAUGAGGCCAGUUAUGAUGUGAACGGGAAUGACAUGGAUCCCAUGCCACGAUAUGAUGCCAGUAAUGAGAACAAGCAUGGCACGAGAUGCGCUGGUGAAGUGGCAGCGUCUGCCAAUAACUCUCACUGCACAGUGGGCAUCGCUUACAACGCCAAGAUCGGGGGUGUCCGCAUGCUGGAUGGAGAUGUGACGGACAUGGUAGAGGCCAAAUCGCUGAGUCUCCACCCUCAACACAUAGACAUUUACAGCGCCAGCUGGGGUCCAGAUGAUGACGGCAAAACCGUGGACGGGCCCGCCUCCCUCGCCAGACAGGCCUUUGAAAAUGGCAUCCGACUGGGCAGAAAGGGGCGGGGCUCUAUAUUCGUGUGGGCUUCAGGAAACGGUGGGCGGAGCCGUGAUCACUGUUCAUGUGAUGGCUACACUAACAGCAUCUACACCAUCUCCAUCAGCAGCACUGCAGAGAGCGGCAGCAAACCCUGGUAUCUGGAAGAGUGUGCUUCCACCCUCACCACCACCUACAGCAGUGGAGAGAAUUAUGACCGCAAAAUCAUCACCACAGAUCUGAGGCAGCGAUGCACAGACAGUCACACUGGAACAUCAGCUUCAGCUCCCAUGGCAGCGGGGAUCAUUGCUCUUGCUCUAGAGGCAAAUUCUUUCCUGACGUGGAGAGACGUGCAGCACAUUGUAGUGAAGACAUCUCGUGCCGGGCAUCUCAGUGCUCCCGACUGGAAAACCAACGCAGCUGGUUAUAAUGUCAGUCACCUGUAUGGCUUUGGGCUGAUGGACGCAGAGGCCAUGGUGAAGGAGGCAGAACGCUGGAAACAGGUUCCCUCUCAGCACAUUUGUGUAGAGAAUGCCGACAAACAGAUCAGAACAAUUCGUCCAGAACACGUCGUUCGGUCGGUGUACAAGGCAACAGGGUGCACGGAUAAUGCAAACAAUCAUGUUAUUUAUUUAGAGCACGUUGUUGUACGUAUAACUAUUACACACCCACGAAGAGGAGACCUGUCAAUCAACCUCACCUCUCCAUCGGGGACGAAAUCGCAACUGCUUGCUAACAGGUUGUUCGAUCACUCAAUGGAGGGCUUCAAGAACUGGGAAUUCAUGACCACUCACUGCUGGGGAGAGAAAGCCGCUGGUGAUUGGAUACUGGAGAUCUAUGACUCUCCCUCUCAACUUAGAAGUCAGAAAGCACCAGGCAAGCUGAAAGAGUGGUCGCUUGUGCUUUAUGGAACCUCUGUGCAUCCGUACUCGUUCCGCAGCGACAAGCCUCGCUCACUGGCCGAGUCUCAACCUGAGGAAGAAUAUAGUGAGGAAUAUGUUGGCCCCUGCCACCCAGAGUGCGGGGAGAACGGAUGUGAGGGUCCGGGACCUCAGCAGUGCAUCACCUGCCUUCACUACUUCCUCAAGUUCAAGAACAACACCAGGAUUUGUGUGCCUGAGUGUCCGCCUGGAUUUUUCCGGGACGAUAAGAAGCGCUGUAAGAAAUGUUCUCCCCUGUGCGAGUCUUGCGUUGGCAGUCGCAGCGAUCAGUGUUCCACCUGCCGGUCGGGGCUGUACCUCAUGGAGGGAGCCAACACCUGCGUCAGCUCCUGCCCAGAUGGCUUCUACCUGGAUCUCGAUUCCAGUAUGUGUCGAAAAUGCAGCGAGAACUGCAAGAAAUGUACCUCAGCGAACAUUUGCACAGAAUGCAAGACUGGGCUCAGUCUACAGGGAAAUAAGUGCCAGUUGAGCUGUGAACCUGGCACCUAUUAUAAUGGGCACAGAAGGCUGUGUGAAAAAUGCCACUCUACUUGUGCCACCUGUGCAGGAACAGGAAUGGAAGCGUGUAACGAGUGCGCUCCGGGCUUUUACUUCGAGGAGUGGCGCUGCGUCUCCAGCUGCAGUGUGGGAUAUUAUUUGGCAGAGCAAGGGACAGAUAAUGGAGAUGUCCAGAAAUCUUGUCAGAAGUGUGACCCCACCUGUUUUGUGUGCACGGGUCCAGGAGAGAGAAACUGCAGCUCCUGUGUGAGCGGCUAUAACCUGGAGAACGGCGUGUGUCUCGUCAGCACUGUUUGCAAAGAUGGGGAGUAUUUAAGCAGACUUCUGAAAUGUCAACUCUGUCACGCCACGUGUUACAAGUGCAUAGGACCAGAGAGUAAAGACUGCAUCAGCUGUUCAGCCAACAGGUUUUUCGAUAAGGGCAGCUGUGUGAUCCGAUGUGAUCCUGGGAAGUAUCAGAGGGAUGGACAGUGCCUUCUCUGCCACCACACGUGUCUUGAAUGUAAAGAUGAAGGACCAGAUAGAUGUACCCGCUGUGGCAAAGAUAAGUCUGAAGUGGAGCGGUACCUUUUUGAAGGGAAGUGUCGUGAUAGCUGUCCAGAGGGUUAUUAUCAUUCUUCAAAGGGAACAUGUGAUCCCUGCCCUCCAAACUGCACAGUGUGUACUUCCACAGGCCACUGCAUUUACUGCGCCCCCUCCUACUACCCCACAGAUGGGAAAUGUGCCAAACUGGAGUGCGGAGAGGGUGAGGUAACCAACCUGGAUCAUGAAGACUGUGUUACCUGUGAGGAAGGCUGUGGGAAAUGCCUCAGCGUAAAUCCGGAGCACUGCAUGGCUUGUUUGCCGGACUAUUACAAACUGGGAUCAAGCUGUCGUAAGAUAUGUCCAGCUGGAACAUUUGAGGAGAAGAUUUUGAAGACAUGUGCUCGAUGUAAUGAUAACUGUGUGACAUGUGAUGCCACUGACUGUUAUCUGUGUGAGGACGGCUUCUUACUGUCAGAUGGCACCUGUGUAAAAACUUGUAAGGAGGGUUUCUACAGUGACAUGAAGCAGGAGUGUGAGCCGUGUCAUCACAGGUGUCGUUCAUGUGGCGGUCCGAAUCAUGACGACUGUGAUAAAUGUCAAGACAACAUGAGUGUAGUAAGUGGUCAGUGUGUCGGCACGAGCCAGAUCAAAUGUCCUGAUGAAAAAUUUCUUAGCGUUCAGGGUGUGUGUGAGCAGUGUCAUUCCACCUGUAAAUCCUGCUCAGGGCUGGAGAAAGAUCAGUGCGAGUCCUGUCCAAAAGGAAGAUUUCUUACCAAUGGUCAGACGUGUGUGUCCGAUUGUCAGGCUGAGACGUAUGGGAACCGGACGAGUGGACGCUGUGAAGAUUGUUCAGCAGGCUGUUUGAAGUGUCAGGACGCUCAUCACUGUGUGAAAUGCAAAGCGGGCCAACUCUAUAUGCAGGAUGACAAAUGUGUCGCUGAGUGUAAAAGGGGUUACCCAGAUGAUGGUGUGUGUCACAGCUGUGCGCCGGGUUGUGUUUCCUGUGAGGGGGAAGCCAAUAACUGUCUGAGCUGUGAAGAAGACUACCUGCGUAUAAAACAGACCUGUGUGCAAGACUGUCCGCCCAAACACUUUGUUGAAGAUGGAGUGUGUGAGCGCUGUCCAGUCGGCUGUGCCGAAUGUGAUCAUACACGCACAUGCGGUGAGUGUUUAGAGUACUACUUCCUGCAUGAGGGCAAGUGUCACGAUGACUGCCCUGAAGGCUACUUCACAAACGCCCAGCAGAAACGCUGUGAGCCCUGUCACACUGACUGCACAUCAUGUGACGGACCAGACCCGGAUGACUGCAUCUCCUGCAAGGGUUCGAGGGCUUUACGCUAUAACGGAAAGUGUCUGAACAAUUGUCCAUCAUACACUUACCUGGACGAAACGGAGUGUCGAGACUGUGACAGGUCCUGCCUGACGUGCUCAGGGCCCGGCCGGUCCUCGUGCCUAACCUGUGGCACCAACAUGAGGAAAGAUGUGAAUGAUCACUGCGAGUUCUUCAGCGACUGCUCUCCGCACAUGUUCGUGGAUAAUAGUGGGCAGUGCCAGCGGUGCCACCCCAGCUGCCUCCGCUGUUCCGGCUCAGGAAAAGAUCACUGCCUCACCUGCAACGCCAAACACUUCCUGCUUAAUCAGACAUGCGUGACCACAUGUCCGAGUGGUUACUAUGUUGAUGAGGAGAGGCAGGAGUGUGUUCAUUGUCACAUGAACUGUGCGUCAUGCAGUGGCCAUCACAGUAAAGACUGUCUUACAUGUAAAGCAAGCCUGUUUCUGCACGAACACAGCUGCUUUUCCACCUGUCCACCGAGUUCCUUUGUGAACAGCAGCAGUGGAGUGUGUCAAGCUUGUGAUCGUACGUGUGAGGAAUGUUCAGGAAGCAGUGGUUUCUGUCUCAAGUGUAGAGAUGGAUAUCUCCUGUUCAGAAAGUCUGGCCUCUGUCUGCAUACAUGCCCACCACAUUACUUUCCUGACAAAGACAGAGAGUGCAAGCGAUGCCACCCUACCUGUAAAACAUGUGAAGAAUCUGGGGCUAUCUACUGUACAUCGUGUUACGAAGGUUUUGGGAUGUUGGCAGGAAUCUGCUCAUCUGACUGUCUUAGUGGACAAUAUAAAAUGAACGACACAUGUGCAUAUUGUGAUGAAUCGUGUAAUGAAUGUAAGGGUCCUGGGCCCUACAACUGCACCGGAUGCCCUGCUCUACAGCGCCUGUCAGAGGACGGCAGGUGUCUUUCUUGCUGUGGAGAAGACACAAACAGACAUUCCUCAAGAUUUCCCUGGGAAUGCUGCCUUUGUAAUGAAUUGGAAGAUGAAUGCGAUGUCAGACUGAACUACAACUUUUUCAGCAAAGGGCCACUACCUUCAGUUCGUCCUGGCGUUGUUGUUUUCACAGUCAUAUUUGUGCUGGUGAGCUUGUGUUUUGUUAUUUUUUCCUUCCUGCAUUUUCGAUGGAGGACCCCCUCUAAGCCUAUCGUUAAAUCAAACGGCUACGCCAAAAUCCCAGAUGACCCCUUUACUUCCGCCACCCUCAAAGACAGCGUACAGCUGGAAUACUGUGACAAAGAUGAAGACCAAGAGGAUGAGGAUGACGAUAUCGUUUACAUGGGAAGGGAUGGGAUAGUGUAUCGGAAGUUUAAAUACAGCAUGUUAGAGGGGGAGGAGCCGGAAGAGGAGGCAGAGUUAGAGUAUGAUGAUGGUAUACACAUUCUUACAUAAAACAUCAUUUUUAAAUUGUUAAUAUUCUUUCGUUUAUUUGUCUUUGUGCAUAUCAAUAUUUUAUUUAUUACAGAUGAUUUUAGUAAAUUGUGACACAGUGAGGAAAGUUUACGUUAAUAUUUCCUUAUCACCAAUUUUUAUGUUCAAAUGAAAUGUAGUUUGCUUCCCAUUUUAAAUGUGGGACUUGAUGUGUUGAUAGUUGGGUGGAUUGUGAAAAGGGGGUUUUAUUUUGACAAAAGUAUAUGAAGAACAAACUUGUUUAUAAUAUUGUGUGCUAUACAUUGUGAGCGAGUAUGCACGGAACAAUUUUGAUAAAUUUUGUUUUAUGUUGACUAGUACAAAAGCACAAUCAAUGUUGGCAAGUUUGUAAUUUCCAAAUGUUUGCAAAUACUGCAGUAAUUUUAGGUGAUUUGUUUUUAAAUGUCAUCAGUAUUACCUCAUGCCUAGUUAAUUGAUGCUGUGAAUGAUUUACAUUGUACAGAUGACAAUAUGCACUUCUUUCAUAAAUGAAACCGUUUAGAAUGUGUACAUAGAAUUUGGUGUCAGUGGGUUUAUACAGCUCUUGAAAAAGUAAUAAACCACUUAACUAAGUUUGUGUUUAAGUAAAAUGAUCAUUGCCACUCCUAAUGUUAGCUUUCAUUGAAAUUUAACAGACACUGGACUGGAAUAACUGCAGUACGAGCAGAAAUGUUGAUUAAAGCAAAUUUGAAGUCUUUUUAGAGCUGUAUCAGAUUAGUUAAUCAAAAUGU